AUUCUUUUUUUUUUUUAAAUUAAAAAAAUAAUAAAAAAACAAGCUGAUAUGGCCAUCUACAUGUAUGUGGCUGUUUACAUAUGCUGUAUAACGGGCAUGCGUGGUGCCCAUUCUGAUAUUGACAACGCGCGGUUCAGGACCGCUGCAGAUUAAUGACGUCACUUCGUCGAGGAAUCGAAUGAAUUUUGUUCUUAACUAUCUAUCUGCUAAUUGAAACAACCAAAGGAUCUCUCUUCUCUAUAGCUCAGAAAUUUCAGAGAUUCGCUUUCUCGACUGAUAUCCAGAUGGAGAAGACGCAAGAAGUUGCUGUGGAACAGAUGAGGGCAGCAAUAGAAAAGUUGGGUUCUUCAGCAGAGGGGGAGGCCGAUGGCAAGCUCAUGAUGUUUCUGGUAGCUAGAUCCAUGGACACGGAGAAAGCAGCUGAGAUGUACUUGCAGUGGAAGAGAUGGAGGGCUGAGAUUGCUCCUCGAGGAUUCGUCCCGGACGACGAGGUCGUUGACGAGUUGAAUGCCCGGAAAAGCUUUCUACAAGGUGUUAACAAGGCUGGUCAUGCAACGGUGGUCAUUCUGGGGAGAAAUCAUUUCGCGUCCAAGGAUUUUCUGCAAUUUAAGAAAUUUGUAGCUUACAUGAUGGACAAAGGACUUGCAAGUUGUGAUGGAAUUGUUGAGGAAGGGAAAGAGAGGGUGGCAUGUGUUCUUGACCUGCAGCAACUCUCAAUGGCCAACCUUGACGUUAGAGGUGGAAUUGAGGGAUUUCAGAUUCUGCAGGAGUACUAUCCAGGACGACUAACAAAGUUUUUUAUUAUCAACGUCCCCUUCAUUUUCGCCGCUGCUUGGAAGAUCAUCUCGCGCUUCCUCGACAAGGCAACAGCAGAGAAGGUUCAGAUCGUGAAAACGGAACGGCAAAGAAAGGAAAUGCUGAAAGAGAUGGGAGAGGAACUGUUGCCGGCUGAGUACGGCGGCAGUGCCAAGCUGGUGCCCCUGCAAAACGUGAAGCUCAAAAAUCGGCCUCCAACUAACUGAAAGAAGAGAGCGAGAUGACGCUCGUUUCAUCUAGCAAGCUUAAUAACUGGCUGCCACUUCGGAGAAUCAUGCUUUACUCGAUCCAGCAAAGUUCAGCUUGAAUAAAGCAAGAUGUUUACGUUCUCGAUGCCUUGUUUCUGGCAGCCUGAAUAAAAUCAAUAUAUUAUUUCGUCUA